AUGGAGGCUGCCAGCUCUGAGUGGGACUGGGACCUGGCAGGACACGGCAGCAGAUCCACAUCCCGGUGCAGUCAGCCUCCAUCCAGCAGCCCCCUCAGCGCUGGGGUCAGUGGUGGGAAAGACGCUGUGGAGCUGAGCCAGGCACCAGUGGAGCAGCACAGAGCUGGCCCCGGGGGUUCUGGGCCCAACUCCUCCAGGAUUACAGAGGAGACCCUGUCCUCCGCCUCCUCUCACAGGGAGCUCGCUCUCUGGCAUCAAGGUCCCAGGAAGUCUCUGCGGACUCACCAGGACUCAGACUCCCCAGACCUGGAGGAUGCUGCUCACGGGGUCCCCAGCCCUCCUCCUGCCGCUCUGGGGGCCCCUGGCCCUGGCCCAGACCUGGGCGGACCCCACCCCGUCCUGACCCCUCUCUUCUCAGUCCUGUCCCCCUUUUCCGGCCCCCCAGGCCCCCACUCCCUGAGGUAUUUCUACACCGCGGUGUCCCGGCCGUACCAGCUAAGGCCCCGCUUCAUCAUCUUGGGCUACGUGGACGACACGCAAUUCGAGCGGUUCGACAGCGACUCCGAGAGUCAGAGGGUGGAGCCGCGGGCGCCUUGGAUGGAACUGGAGGAGCCGGGCUACUGGGACAGGAGCAGGAGGAACGCCAGGGACUCCGCACAGACUUUCCGAAGGAACCUGCACACCCUGAGCGGCUACUACAACCACAGCGAGGAAGGGUCUCACACGCUACAGUUGAUGUUGGGCUGUGACAUGGGACCGGACGGCCGCCUCCUCCGCGGGUAUCACCAGUACGCUUACGAUGGCACCGACUACAUCGCCCUGAACGAGGACCUUCGCUCCUGGACCGCGGCCAGCACCCCGGCUCAGAUUACCCAACGCAAGUGGGAGGAAACUGGUGAGGCUGAGGAAAGGAGACACUACCUUCAGGACGACUGCCUGGAGUUGCUCAUCAGAUUCCUGGAGAUGGGGAAGGAGGUGCUGCAGCGCGCAGACCCUCCAAAGACACACGUGACCCACCACCCCAUCUCUGACCGUGAGGUCACCCUGAGGUGCUGGGCCCUGGGCUUCUACCCUGCGGACAUCAGCCUGAGCUGGCAGCGUGAUGGGGAGGAGCAGACCCAGGACAUGGAGCUGGUGGAGACCAGGCCUGCGGGGGAUGGGACCUUCCAGAAGUGGGCGGCCCUGGUGGUGCCCCCUGGAGAGGAGCAGAGAUACACGUGCCAUGUGCAACACGAAGGGCUGCCCGAGCCCCUGACCCUGAGAUGGGAGCCACCUCUUUGGGCCACCUUCCCCCCUGUGGGCCUGGUUGUGGGCCUGGUCAUCCUUGGAGCUGUGGUCACUGGAGCUGUGGUCACUAGAGCUGUGAUGUGGAGGAGGAAGUGCUCAGGUGGAAAAGGAGGGAGCUAUGCUCAGGCUGCCAGCAGCGAUGGUGCCCAGGGCUCUGAUGUAUCUCUCUCGGCUUCUGAAGCCUGAGGCACUUGUCCGGGACUGAGUGAUGGGAGAUUUGUUCACGCUCCCACUUUGUGAUUCAAGAACCUCUGAUUUCUUUCUGCAAAGGGCAUCUGAGUGUGUGUGUUCCUAUCAGCAUAAUGUGAGGAGGUGGGAGGCUGGCCCACCCCUGCCCACCACACCCCCUCCUCAGCCUUUCCUGUCCAGUAGAGGCAGGGCUGGGCCCUCCCCAUUCCUGUUUUUACUUCCUGGUGCACUCAGCUGCAGCUUCUUACUGCCUGAUUGAAAUAAGAGUCUGGAUAUGCAUUCUUCUUCACUUCUUGCCAUGAAGGGGUGACGGGUUCCUUAAAGGAGAACAGCCCGGCUGGUGUGCCUCAGUGGCUGAGUGUCCACCCAGGAACCAGGAGGUCAUGGUUGGAUUCCCUUUCAGGGCAUAUGCCCAGACUUCAGCUCAGUUCCCACCAGGGUCAUGCAUGUGAAGCCAAUGGAUGUUUCUCUUUCAUCAUUGAUGUUUCAAUCCGUCUCUCCCUCUUCUUUCCUCUCUCUUUGAAAAUUAAUAAAAACAUAUUUUUGAAAAAAAUUAAAGGAGAAGAUCCUAAAAUUUCAGAGGAAAUAAAUGGAAGCCCCAAGAACUGGUCAGGACCUGUGUGUUUGCUGUGCUGAGGCUGUUGCAGGGGGGACAGGAGAGGCUGUGAGGACCGAGUGUGGUCAGGGCUGUGCCCAGUUGGCUCCCUGGUCUCUCUUCAGCUGGGUCACCUCUCUGCUCCUUUGUUCUUCUCACCUCAGGAGAACCUUGUCCCACCAGGACUUUCCAUAACAGGGACUCAAACCUCCCCAGG